UGGGAGCUUAGUGGCAUAACUGUUAGUGAUGUUGAUUAGGUGAAUAGCAAUGUUUAAUGAAAUCAGUUUGCAUACACAAUAAUAAAUCAACAUUUCAUCAAACUCGAAAUACUUUUAUAUGUCAAACUACCUAAGACGGUUUAUUGCGUGAAUUCAGUCACUUUUCGCCUUUUGCCCAGUUUUUUGUCUUUUGUCCCUGACCGAAAUUGUUUACCAUAUGUGAAUCAUCUGUUUAUCUGAUAAUCCGAAGUGUCAAACACAAAAAUACAGUGUGAUGUAUUUCUCUUGUUUAUUAAUUUAAAUUUUUUCGCCAUUCAGCAACAGUUUUGAUUUCUUAUUUUAAUCAUAAAGUUAAAAGUCAUAGUAAUUGAAAACUCUGGUUGAUCAAAAACAAGGCAAGAUGGGUGCAGUUAAAGAUCCAAGCUCUGUGAAAAUUGCUGUCAAAAUGGAGAAUAAGAACGCUCUAUUGAUUGAAUUUGAUCAAAUAAGACCAUUAGAUGCCUGGAUUCAGCAAUUUCUCAACAACUGGGGUAUAGAAGGUCCAAGCUCAGAUUACUCCCUUCAAUUUGUUGAUCGAGAAAAUUAUGUUACAGAAAAGAAUCGCAGUGAAAUACGUAAUGGCACUAUUUUAAAUUUAGUGCCAUCGGCUUCAAAAACAGCAUCCACUAUAUUAGAAAGGAUAGAAAAGGCAAGCACUGAUGAAAAGCGGACCAUUUUGAGCUCACUGGUCAAACUGUGCAGUGAUGUUGCUUUUGUUGAAGAAUUUAUUGCUAAAGAAGGUAAAGAAUAUCUUGUUAAAGCAAUCGAGCAUGGAACAAUAAGACCAGAAGAAGGAUUGGGACUAGCUCUUGAAGCAUUUGUUGAGCUUAUGAAUCAUGGUCUAUGCAGUUGGGACUCAUUGGAACCCAAAUUUGUUGCUGUAAUCGCAAACAAUGUCAACUCCGAGAAAUCUUAUGACCCAAAGAUAUUAAUAAACUCACUUGCGAUUCUGGAAAAUUUACUGAUGUCAGGAAGUGCAUUCAAUUCCAUUGUUGAGGCUGAAGUAACUUUACCCAACUUGAUGAAACAUGUAAAGCAAAAUAUGGAAUACCCAUUGAUUCAACAGAAUACGAUUGCUUUGAUAAAUGCACUUCUUCUACGUUCAGACCUAUCAAAGAAAAAAGCUAUCGCCGCUACAUUAAGUUCAAAACAAAUGCGGAAGAUAAUUUUGGAAAAUAUUAUAAAUGUCUCUAGAACGGAUGAUAAUGGUUCUACAAUUGUAUCAUCAUCAAUGGGUUCAACAUCUGCUAUAGGAUCGCUAUCUGGAGGUGGACUAGGAGGAACAUCAUUAAUAUCAACAGCAUCAAACAAUACAACAGCAGGCACUGGAACAGGAGUAACAUCGUCAAUGCUAUCAUCUUCAUCAUCUGUUCAAGUUGGAUCUGAAAUGGCUCAUCAAUUAUACAUAUUGCAAACUUCGUUGAUUAAUUUGCAUGAAGAAAGAAUGCAAGCAAAACCAACAACUAGUGUCAUACUAGAAAGUGAAGCUCGAGAAAAACUGGUUGAAUUGAUGAAGCUCGCUUUUGAAAGUGACCAGGGAUUAAAUAUGGAUAUAAGCUCAAGAGUCGGAGUUGGUAGUAGCGGCAGUGUUAACUCAGGAGGAUCUGGUGGGUCUAGUGGAACAAGAAGUAUCAUAUCGUCAUCUACAUUUAAAUCCAAUAGUGCAAAAAACGAUUAUAUUCGACUUGGUUUCACAAAUUAUAAAAAUCCAAUCGAAGAUUUCAAUGAAACACCACCUGGAAUAUUAGCCCUUGACCUGAUGUCUUAUUUCGCUAGGAAUCACACCGAAAAAUACCGUAAUGUUGUAUUGGAAAAUUGUAUGAGAUCGGAUCGUGAGCAUGAAUGUCCUUUCGCUAAAUCAGCAAUUCAAGUAACUAAGUUGAUUGCAGAAUUGUUCAAAAUUGGCGAAGCACCUAGUGAUGAAGGAAAAUUGUUUUAUCCAAUGUUUUUCAACGCUGAUCAUCCAGUUGAAGAAUUUUUCUGUAUUUGUGUUCCAUUGCUAAACAAAACUUGGAAAGAGAUGAAAGCAACAAGUGAAGAUUUUGCUAAAGUUUUUUCUGUAUUGAGACAACAAUUACUCAGAGCACUUUCUGAUCAAGAAGCAAUCAGCUCAUUCGCAAAAUUUGAAGCCAAAACCUCGUCAUUAACCUAUUCAACAAUAAUGAAUUUGUGGCAGAAAGAAAGAAGUAGCAGAGAAGAGUGGGAAAAUAAGGCUCAAGCUAUAUUAGAAUUGCGGGAAAAAUUGAAACCAGAAAUAGUUGAGCUUAUAAAACAACAAAGAUUACAAUAUUUAACCGAAGGCACACAAUUUGUGAAGUAUUCCAACAAAGGUCAAAGGAUCAAAGACAAGUUUUGGUACUGUCGUUUGUCAAAUAAAUUCAAAGUCUUGUAUUACGGUGACUGUGAUGAAAAUAAGAUCCCAUCAAUCGAUGAAUUACCUCAUAAACUUGCAAUCAACGACAUCAAAGAGAUGCUCAUUGGAAAAGAGUGUGCCCAUAUGAAGGAUGCCAAAAGUAGUAAAAAAUCUACAUUCGCGUUAGCUUUUUCCCUUACUUCUGAAUCAUUCCAAGGAGAACCAUUAAAUUUUGUCGCGCCCAGUGAGAAAGUUUUUGAUUAUUGGACUGAUGGAAUAAAUGCUCUUCUUGGCAAUGAAAUGAUAAGCAAAGAAGCACAAAAUGAUCUAGAGACUUUACUCUCAAUGGAAAUCAAAUUACGUUUACUUGACACUGAGGGUGUAACCAUUCCAGAAGUACCACCGAAAAUUCCUGAUCCACCAUCAAAUUAUGAUUUCGCGCUUGUGCAUUGAUAAACUCUGGUCACAUUAUUCAAAAAACAAUGCUUAAUUAACUUUAAUACAUUUUUUAAGAUACUUCCGAAUGAACUAUUCUAAAGUAAAUAAUUUUUUACUUUCAUAAA